GGUUGAUUUGGUUGAUUUGGUUGAUUUAUGAAAUAAGGCAUCGUUAUCUUGUGCCCAUGACCUCCUUGUAGCUAGUGAAUACAUGAGUCAACAAUCUUUCAACUGUUCAACUGUUCAACUGAGACAUCUUCACUACAAUGCUAGCACAAUGGGAAUAGACAACGCCCCCAACAACCUAUAUAAUAUAUCCCCAUCUCCAGCCCUCUCUUCCCAUCCCCCAAUGCAUCCACAACCAUGGCCCCAAACCCAAACCAAAACCAAAACCAUCCAAACGAACCCCCAUCCUCCUACAACAGAAGAGAAGAAAGAAACCCAGGAACCCGCCUGCGAAUUCACCCACCCCUGCACAACCUCUACCAACAGCAGCAACACCUCCACCUCCACCUCCCCCUCAGGGACUGCCUCCGGCGGUGGCAACCCCCGCAAACUAAUCUCCCACAUCUUCGGCCGCAACAAAACCUCCACGAAGCUCUUCCCCCAACAGGUAUGGGUGCACUACUGCCGCAAGCACUACCAGCGGGCGCGGUACCGGUCGCGCGCGUGGCCGUUUACGCAGUGCGAGCUGCUGCUCGAUAGUCUGGCGCGGAUGGAGGCUUGGGGCGGGGUGCAGAGUUUUGAGGUUGUGCUUAGGAGGAGGGAGGUUCAACGGCUUUCCUCCUCUUCCUCUGCGGAGCGGCAGGGCACUGCUAUGGAGGGGGUUGCGGUUGCUUUGAGGAAGGGGAGAGGACGGGGUGGGAGAAGCUCUAUUACCUCUACCUCUGUUUCUGCUGCGUGCGCUUCUGGGCAGGAGGAUGAGGAGGAGUAUGAAGAUGAUGAAGAAGAGUCAUCUGGUGGCAGGAAGAAAAAGGGACGGCGCGCGCCACGGAUCAAAGCGUGUCCUGUUCCUGAGUGGUUGCGCGCCGAGACGGGGCCUGGAAAGUCGUUUGCUGAGAUCCGGGCCAUCGUUGAGCGGAUCCGGGAGGAUUUGACGGAGCAGCAUCGUCAAAUACAAAAGUCCAAGGGCAACGGCAAAAGUAAAGAGCAGGUGUUGUUUCCGGAUAUUGAGAUUCUGCCGACGUUUCGGGAGUGGGUUUUGGAGCAGGCUAAUGAGGAUGUCAAGAACACAGGCAAGAAGUCAAGGGUGAGUAGGAGGGGAGCGGUGCAAAAGGUACAAAGGUGAUCCCAAGUAAAUGUGAUGCGUUCUCAUUAGCAUUAAUCGUGACGCCUGUAGGCUGGUACAUACGACGCCGGAAAAGUAUCAGAAACCGAAUAAAGCCGACCAUAACAUAAAGCAAAAAUGAUAACUUGCCGAGCCGUGUGCUGCUAAAUGGCCCCAGAUAAUAAACGAAAACAAUCAUU